GACUGCCGUCCAUGGAUUUACACACACACAAAAAACACGACGAGAAAGGGCGGAGUUAAUAACAUUCGCUACUUUACACUGCAAGACAACACGUACUGCUGAACGUUAAUAGAAACUCCAUGGAAACAGUUUACACUAAACAAUUUUGUUUUUUUCUUUAGAAAGUCCACAGAUUUAUUUCCCUUUCGCCCUGCUCCUUUAAGGCAUUUAUUUUCUCAGAGAAGUUGGCGCCGGGGCGGUGUGUGGACAUCCUAAUAAUGGACACAGAGCUUUCUAAAACUGAUCACAACUUUGGCGAUCACUCCACUACUGAACAGGGCAUGGAAAAAACACAACAGUCCUUGAAGCCCUGUGAGAAACCUGAGGAUAAACAGUCAAAAUCUAUGCAGGAUACAGGUUCUGGUUCAGGUACAGAUGAGCUGGUUAAUGUUGAGAGCCAACCAACAUAUAAGCAGGACACUGGCAAUGAGAUCCUGGAAAAGAAGCCCGACAAAGUGGCUGAGACACCUGGAGAAGAGGAAAAUCCAAAACAAAAAGGACAAAAGAAGAAACCCAGAAAUCCAUUUAUGCCCCAGGUUGCAGCAAAGAACAAAACGACGCAGAAGAAGAAUGAAAACCAAAAUGGAGACAGUGGCAGUGACCUUGCAGAGACUAAAGGCCCCAAGAAGUCCCUCAUGGAAUGGCUGGAUGAGUUCCGUUUAAGUGAAACUCAGAGAGAAGAUGAGGAGGAUCUUGAUGGCCUCAUGGAUUGGUGGAACACUGUGGAACAAUGGGAGGACAUGCCCAAAAGUGACAACAUGACAGAGAAAGAGGAAGCAAAGGCUUUUGACGUAACAGCUGAAAAGGUGCAAAAGGGCAUACGUGUGUUUAACAAACUUUUCUCAGAACGGGCAGAAGGACUGUGGCAGCAUGUGAUCGACCUGCAUGCCAUUGCUGAUGGCCUGGACCGCUUCAACAAGAAAACCAAGAUUGCCCAGAUCACUGGUAGCUCCACCAGUGCUGUGGGAGGUGUUGCUACCAUAACUGGCCUCAUCUUAGCACCUUUCACAAUGGGAACCUCUCUGAUCGUCACUGCGGUUGGUCUGGGUGUUGCCAUGGCAGGUGGUCUUACCUCUGCAUCCGCUGGGAUAUCCAGUACCGUCAACAACUCUUUGGAUCGCAAGAAGGUGGAGCGCAUUGUGGAAGACUACCAGGCGAAGAUGGCUGACCUUAACAAAUGCAUGAAGUUUAUCAAGCAAGGCAUCACAAACCUACGGAAGUUCAACCUGAAUAAGAUGAAGAAACGUGCAUAUAAUCGAGACUUCCCUUGUUUCGACAAUAUCUACGAGGAUGGCGCCAUGGCGGGCAAAGCUAUUCUCACCAAUGCCAAUGAGAUUAUGCGUGUGAUGCAGAUAGCCAACGCGGCCGGAACCACUGCGGCACGUGCUGUACAGAUUGCUAGUAUAUCCACAGGUGUUCUGACAGGGCUUUUUGUCGGGAUGGACAUCUAUUUUGUGGCCAAGGACUCUCAUGAGCUGAAAAAUGGUGCAAAGUCAGAAUUUGCUGCCAAGAUUAGAGAGGUGGCAGAUCAGCUGCAUGAGGGCUUGAUGGAACUUAACAUAAUCCGAGAUGAGUUGCGGUUGACCACCACUCUGAAAGAAGACAAACCAUCUUGAUAAGCUCUGUAAACACUCCCCGAGUUUAUUAUAACUUUCACACUAGAUGAUAAAUCUAUCUAAUGUAUAUGGUUCUAGAACUGUACUGACUUUCCAAAGGAAAUUCUGGGUCUUUGUGUGUGUGUGUGUGUGUGUGUGUGUGUGUGUGUGU